UUGUGGAAUGCCUAUUCUCUCUAUCAUCUGUGAUCAGAUCCAUCCUUUUUGUCGUCUGAUACGUUAAUACAAACAUGGCUGUUUCGUCUCCUAGUGGUAAUGCGCAAUCUAGUUUAGAGAAAUAUGGUGUUAAACCCUUUACAAAAUCGAACAUUCUUCAUUAUUACGCCCCUCUGUAUGGUGUAGCGAACUAUGGACUUCUGUCUGUCAACGUUAUGAAUCCUAACUUGAUGAUCAAAAUAUCUCCAAAGAGAGACAUAACCAACUUCUUACUGGUGGGCUCAGUAGUGGGGACUGGACUCUAUAUCUCCAACACCAAACUGGUUAAGAGUGCAGUAGCAAAGAAGCAGGUUAUGUACAGUGCAUGUGGGUCACUGUUAUUCACGUUUGGUUCUGUGCUGAUGUGGGCUGUGCUGAGAAAUGUCCUGCCAGACAACAAAUACCUAGCCGUGGCUGCUGGAGUUGCCUCCGGAGUAACAUUAACGGCUGUCGGCAAGGAGUACCUAGAAUUUAUUGACUCCAAACUGAAGUGAAGUCUGUGUAAUGAUUAUGUUUCCUUGUAACCAAAGGUCUCUUAACUAUUCCACUGGCAUCUUUCAAUUACAUUAAUAAUAUGCCACUGUUAGCAUCGUCUAAAAUAAAACAAUACAAAAACUGAUUGCAGCUUUAGCCCUCUGACCAAUGAGACCAGUAACACAAAUCACUCUAGGUAUCAGAUGUCUCAGCAUUAGUAUAAAGGAUAAAUGUAUGAAUUUUAAACCCCCAGUCUUAAUCGUAUAAUUUGUUUACCUAGUAGCAGAUUUUUAAAUACUAAAUACAAACAAUAUAACACUUUCUUUUUUACGAUUCUUAUUUGGGGUUUGGAAUAGUAGUAUUUUAAAUUAAAUCAAGGAUUGUUUUGAAUUGGUAUUUUGCAAUAAAAAUAGAAUUGUCAUCAUAUUUGAAUUAGUUAUUUCCAAACAUUUCUGAAACAAAUGAAUAUUAAAUGAUUUCUUAUAUUGAAAAUAAAAAUUGUACUUACUUAAUUAUAAUUUUGGAUAGGUGGCCUCUCCUAAUAUCUUAUUUCAUUCAAUGAAAUUGUUUAAUAUCCUUGGGUUUUUUAGUCAUGAAACCUCGGCUGUAAAACAUUUUAAAUUAAUAUGAGGUAUGUCACACUAUUUAUUCAUUGUGUGUAUACAAAAUGGCAAUAAUCAAGUCUAGAUAAGUGGCAAUAGUUAAGUACUUAUUAAAAUCAAGUUCAUGCUAGGCUGAUUUAAAACAUGGACUUCACUAGUAAUAAAUUAGUUUUAAUUAGUAUAGAAAAUUUGUAAAAAAUACCUUUUUAUUUAUUAUUUUCUUUUUUAUGAUUCUUAUCUGAUGCUUGGAAUUGUUUUAAUUAAUUCAAGGAUUGUUUAGAUUUUCAUUAUCAGUUUGCAAAACUUUAUUGAAUCUUAUUACACAUUGUUUUAACCGUUAUAAUCUUGAUAUAAUUAUAGGUUGCAACUGAAAUAAACUAAAAUAAAUAUUACAAAUAUUUACUAAUACAGUGCAGAUCUACAAGACUGAUGUUAUAAUGGAUUACCUAAUUUUCUUUUAAGGUGUAUGUUAACCUUCUUGAAAACUAUUGUUUAUCUUUUCUUACUUAUUAAAUGGUACAGGGCACACUUAUUUCUAUUUGUAAUAUUAUUAAUUUAAAAUUUUUCUGAAAAAGUAAUGUAUAAAUAUGUGAAAUUUUCAAAAUAAAGCAAUAAAUAUAAAAA